GCACAGCAGCAGAGAGUGGUGCAGUGCGAGCGCAGCGGGGGACUCGGAAGCGGAGGGAGAAAAAAAACAAAACACAAAACCCCACACACAUCUACAGCGUUAUUGGUAACUUGGUCAAUGGAGAGAUCUGCAGCGGCAUCGUAGCGACGCAGGCCGACAUGGAAGAGUAUCUGCGGAGGGUCCAGAGCAGACUCAGGGAUACAUCUGAGGGUCCCAUUCAUGCUGUUUUAGGCGGACCAGAGGCAGAUGUUGACACUGUGGCAGCGACACUGUGCUUAGCUCUGCACCUCAACCAGAAAGAGCCAUCAGACGGAGUAUGUUUGCCAGUGCUGUGGCUCUGGCGACGUGAUGCUGCGUUGCCCAGGGAGACAGUGAGGUUUCUUCAGAGGGUUAAAAUUUGUGAAGACGUGCUUCUGUGGAAGGAAGAUGUAGACUUGGAGACACUUCAUCAUUCUGGAAAACUCUCAGUCACACUGCUAAGAGAUGGACUGCUAAAUAGCUCUGAGUACCACACUUUGAAGUCCAGCAUCCUGCGAGUGGUCCAUUAUGACGGGCAGAAGGAUGAUGGGGCAUCGUCCGCGGUGACGACAGUCACCAGGGAGAUUCUUCAAGAGGCAGCGGAGCACAUCGGAGCAGCGCUGGGGGAGACUCUCGGAGAGGCCUUGCGACUGCAAAGUGAAACUCUUUGGCUCAAACAUGGACGUCGGUCAGAACAACUAGAGGAACUCAUGAGUUUCAUGGAGCGAUGGAGCGAUCUCCCCGGAGGCCAACACGAUGAGACGAAGCUACAAGACUUGGAGCAGCUACUGUCAAAGGAGGUUAAAGAGUUUUCCGAUGGAGAGAUGACCAUAGCGCUAACAUCAGUGACCACCGACAAGGAGGAGCGGAAUGUUUUUGUGGACAGGCUAAAAUCAUUCAGUCUUCACCACGGAUAUGAAGGCGUAGUGGUUCUCUUGUCCAUCAGCGAUCCUGUUUAUCAUCCCCGCCAGCAGGUGGCUGUCUACUCAAACAACACAGAAAUACUAAACCAGAUCUGCUGUGAGUUGGAAGAGUCUUCAAGCUGGUCUCUCUCUGGUGAACUGGAACCCAGGGAGAGCUUUCAGGUGUACCACAUCCCUGUGAACACCUCGUUUUCUGGUACUCCUCCUGUCCUGGAGGAAGAGAUCCAGAGUCUCCUCAAGGAUUUUGUUGACCGGCGGAGCUCUGUGCUGGCAUGUCACCCCAGUAGUCGGACCUCUUCUACAGAGGGAGUGGCAGGCAGCAUUGAGUUCUCCCAGGGAUCGUCUGGAAUCAACGACAUGGACGGUUCAGACAUAGAACGAGUGGAUGCAGGGAGUGGAGAUGUGGUGGCAGUGGCAAGAGUGAUGGCGGAUGGUGAAGAGGACACUGGAGGUGUAGGUGCAGCCGGAGGUGGGGAGCUUGUGAGCCCUGACAGUGGUAUGACCACAAUCCGCAGCAGCCGUUCAUCUAAAGAGAGUUCAGUGUUCCUCAGUGACGACAGCCCUGUUGGAGACAUUAUGGCUGGAGGUGGACCUGCUCCAGGGCCAGGAGGUAUUUUCCUUCGAAACCCAUCACCGCUUGGUUUGUUGUCGCUCUCUCCUCCUGUCCCACCUGAGAGGAGGAGGCACCACUCAAACAGGAAUCGGAGUGAGAACUUCGAUCUGUUUAGUUUUGACCCUCUACAUGGCAGUGACCAGUCUGUGCCGGCUGGGGCAGAGCAGGGAAGUGCAGAUGGAAGAGGCGUCGAGGGUAGAGGUAGAGCAGGAAGUUCCAGUCUGUCAGAAUUUGAAGAGCUGAGCUUGGUGGAUUUCUCUGCUGCUAAUUCAUUGGGCGGAUUUGAAAGUCGAAACUCUUCAAUUGACCAGCCUGGUCAGAUCCACGGGAAUGAGAUGAUUGACACUGUGGUUCCUCCGACCCCAGUCAACAGUCUGGUAGGUAGCCGUCCACCCAGCAGCUGUGGAGUUAGAUUCUUUCCAGAGGAUGUAGUCGAAAGGAUCAAUGGCCUGCAGCACAAGGACAGCGUGUCGUCAUCCUUAUCAGAGACCUGGGAUGAACUUGGCUUUGACACACAGGGAGCAUUGUCCUCAAGUGAUAACAGCAACUGGAACAUGACAAAGGCAUGUGAGAGCCCACAGAAUAUUUUGGAAAUAAUUAGAGAACCAAACAAAGAAAUGACAGAAAAAGAAACCAGAGAAGAGAUUGGCAAUCAGAGGGCUAAGACCCUUCAACCCCAGUUAAGUCUGAUUACUGAGCAGACUGAAUCAUAUGACAACUGGAACACGGAUUCUCUGCUUAAGGAUCAAUGGAAUGCUGUUACUUUGGCUGAUCUGCAAUUAACACCACCUGAAGAGGAAGUAGUUGUUAAACCCAAAGCUAUUAUUUUUGGAGUGAAAGAAAAAAAAUCAAAAAAGAAAGAAUUCUUAAACACUUUAACACCAGACUCCUCUAAAGAAGAGGAUGAAGGAGUACAGGGCAAAAAGGGAGACAAACAAACAGAUCUCCUGGACUUCUGGACUUACUCAGCACAGAAGGGAUUUCUCAAAUCUGACAGUGGAACCACUGCAUCUUACCCUGAAUCUCUAGAUAUGUGGAAUAUGACAAUUCGGGAUGACAGCCUAUCACCUCUAAACACCCCUGACUACUUGUCUGAAAACUCAGGUUCUUUUUGUGGGCUGAAUCCCAAUGUCGGUGCAUCAGUUGAGAGUCCAUUAGGGUACUCUGAUGGGGGAAUGGAGAUGUGGAACACCACCAUACAGGAGGACAGCUCCUCCACCGUAACAAGCCCAGAGGCACCAGAAAAUGGAAAAGACCUUUGUCAAAUGGGAUCUUUUGAUGCCAGUGAUUCACCUGAGACCAGUGCAAACAAAAAGGAGAAGGAAGAAAAAGUAGAGAAGGAGAGAGGUAUGAGUGGAGCACAAGAGGAAGAGUGUUGGAGAGGAAAUGAACACAAUGUGAAAAUAGUCAUAGAGGCAGCAGAAGCUUCACCACAUGCUGAAGAUAUAUGUGAUAGUGACAAACAGUUAGAAACACAAACACUGGGAUCUGCAAAUCCAGAAGAUGAGACUUCAUGGGACCUGCCUGUACCUGGUAUGGUCACCUCCACCUCAGAAUAUGAUAAUGUAGGAGCUGGGACAUGGAGCUUGACAUCCUCCCCUGAGGUUAGCCCUGUUGUUGAUAUGAUACAGUUAGAGGCGCAAUCUAGCCCUUUUAUAGCUGUGACCAAACAUUUUCAUCCACAUGUGGAAAGUGAUCAAUACCAGACGGCUGAUUCCCAAGAAAACGCUGAAUCUGGAGUAGCAAGUGAAGUGUUUGUAUUUGAGGGAAUUAGUGAGUCAGAUCAAUUCAGAACAACUGGGAGACAUUCAGUUGAGGAACAAACUGGGGAAACACUAGAAGAGGCUUCAUCUGAUUGGAGAGAACAACCCUGUGAUCAUUCUCCAUUUUUGCUGGUAGUCCAGACAAGUACAGGAGAAGCUGAAACACAGUUCUUAUCCCACGGGCAAUCCACUGAAACCCAAGGAAAUCUUAAUGAAAGUGAUGAUGUGGAGGAAAAAAUAACAGAAACACUGUCUCCAAGCUCAGGCUCUGGUGGGGAGAGAGAUGCACUGAAGUACAGCCCCGACAGCCUCCAUGCAGGCAGUCGAGAUGAACUCAGGUCCAAUUCUGAUGGAGAUUCUUCAUCAGGACUAGAAAUGGAAAACAUUAUUGUGUCAGGUACAGUUAAAGAAGCUGAGAGGGAGUGGCGUGGCAGGUAUAAAGAGCCUGACAGACAAUCGAAAGGAACAAGGAAGUCAAUGGAGACUUUCAGCAUGCUUUCCUAUGCUGCCACAGUGCUGCAGGCCCAAGCUGCACAUAGAGAACAUCAGGAGAACACACAUCAGAAGAGGCAAUGCCAAAUGUCUGCAGAUAACAACGGUGAAAAUACACAACUACAUAAAGCCCCCUUAGCUCAAGCAAUGUUGGACUCAAGGCAAUCAAAUAUUGGUAUGACCCAUUUACAUGAAUCUACCAAACACACCACAGAUGAGACACAUUCACAAAUAUUAAACCAGGAUCACUCAGACACAGGCAGCACCUAUGUGACUGAAACACUCAGUCCCAGACAAUCAAAACCCAAACAAGACACAGAAACUAAACUGCCCAAGUCAGAUUCAAGACCACCAGCUUGCAGCCAGACACAAGCAGAUGAAGCAAACCAGGAUGAUAAAUCAGCCAUUAUACCAAGAAGUGUGUCUCCAUCAUUAAGAUAUCCAUCAGAUCACUUCCUGAAAGCCAGAGAGGAAGUUUAUGUACAUUCCCAGAUCUCAAUGGAAGAUUCAGAUGAGGGAGGGCAGUCACCUUCUGCACCUCCACCACCAUGUCCUACCUCUUUGGGUAAUUUUCAAGUCUGGGGGGGUCAGUUAGCAAGACAAGAUACACCCCAAGCCCCAUCUGGUCCAGAAUCCCCAGUUCUUACCAACAGUUCUGUCUCCCACAGCAGUUCAUUGACUGGUUCCCCAUUAAGUGAAACUGGUCGUCCCUCAGACAGAGGACUUGGAUUACCCUUUUCUGGUGAUUUAAUGGAAGAGGAGAAUGAUGAGGAGGAAAUAGAAGAGGAAACACAUAAAGAACACACUACCUUACCAAAAUGGACGUCAGAAGGACAAAAAGAGACACUAGAAAGACCUGAAUUAAAAUCUCCAGAUCUGCUGAGUUUCACUGAGGAGCCAAUUGGAGGUUGCUCAUUUCAACAAACAGAUUUACAAACACUUCAGUCAGAUCAGUUCUCGCAGAAUACAGUCCAUUACUACAAUGCUCAGCCUGCGAGGAGUGGUGAUCAUUAUAAAUGGUCAACAGAACAACAGAUGGGGAGCCAUGAAGCUUCUCAAGAAAGACAUUCACCUCUAUUAAGCUGGAGCCCCACCACAGCUAAUGGAAACAGCUCCCCUAGCUCGUUUACAAGACACCAGGAUGUGAUGUCUCAGCCGAUGUCUGAUGAUGCAGCUUACCAGUGGACAGGAAGUCAGAAUGUAACUCAGGUUCAAACCCAGUAUGGCUACAACUAUCAUCACAUUGACCAAAGAACUGAAAACCAGAGCACCCUGCCAACCUGCAUGAAUACCAAAUCAAACAGCCAGCAGGAUACCUCAGAUGUGUACGCUGAGUUUACAAUUGACGCCACAGCGGCACAGUACAGCUCUGAACAGGCUGACAGCUAUUACGAAUCCAGAGGGAACGAGGUCUACAGCUUCAACAAUCAGGGAUCUGAGUUUCAGUACAUGGCAGAAAGCCAGUAUGAAGGUGACUCCAUGUGUGCCUCUGAACUCCAGCACUCUCAGUAUCAGACCGAUGACCACAGCCAGUAUGAGUCAGAGCAUGCUCAUUACCAGUUUGAUGAACAGUCAUUCUACCGAUCAGACAUCCAGACAGCGAGGGAAGAUCACGCACGGUAUGUGCCAGAGGGGUAUGUCCACUUUCUCUUCUCAAGGCAAUCCCAUCAGGGAGACGGUGCAGCAGGGAUGAUGAUGAAGAUGGACUCCAGAGAGGAAGCAGAGGACAUGGACAACAGAGAGGAUCCUCCAUCAUCCACAGAUCUGUCAGGUGGAUCCAAUCAGAGGAGGAAGCUGACAGCUCCACCAAUGGACGUGUCACUGGAUCACAGCGAGGGAUCGCUCCUCUCAGAAGAUGCUCUGGAUACAGAGGAUGAGGCUUUGGAAACUGGGGAUGAUUUGGAUGUUAACAUAGAUGAGCUGGACACACCAGAUGAGGCUGACUCUGUGGAUUUUAACAGACAUGAAGACUCCGAAGCUUAUCUUGGUGAAGGAGCAACAUCAAGUGCAUCAGGACGGAGAUCGGCUGAGGACAGUAAACUGUGGCGAAGCGUAGUGAUUGGAGAACAAGAGCAUCGCAUUGACAUGAAAUGUAUCGAGCCUUACAAAAGAGUCAUCUCUCACGGAGGAUAUUAUGCUGAACAGAAUGCCAUCAUCGUGUUUGCAGCUUGUUUCCUACCUGACAGUGACUGUGAAAAUUACAAUUAUGUUAUGGAAAACCUGUUUCUGUAUGUCAUAAGUACAUUAGAGCUGAUGGUGGCUGAAGAUUAUAUGAUUGUUUACUUAAACGGUGCGACACCUCGUAGACGGAUGCCUGGCUUUACCUGGAUGAAAAAGUGUUACCAAAUGAUAGACAGAAGACUCAAGAAAAAUCUUAAGAUGUUUAUCAUUGUCCAUCCUUCCUGGUUCAUACGGACAUUGCUAGGAAUCACCAGACCUUUUAUAAGUUCCAAGUUCAGCAGUAAGAUCAAGUAUGUCAAUAGUCUACAAGAGCUGGGAGAAAUCAUCCCAAUGGAGUACGUCCACAUUCCAGACAGCAUCAUCAAGUAUGACGAGGAGAAGUGUUUACACAAAUUUGCAUGUAUGAGGCUGGAUACUGAGUUGCAGGACACAGCAGAUAAAGCCGACAGGAAGGGGAGCUCAGUUGUUUGACGACUGCAAGACACCUGACAGCAACUUAUUGUUUCCCUACAUUAUGCUGCACUUGAUCACAGCAUAAAUGAAAAUCAGCAAACCUGUAGCAUGAUGUGUAAGGCACAUUGUUGUUAUAACAACUGCCAAGGAAGGAGGAAGAUAUAGAACAGAGGAAGAUUUUUAAGGAAAGGCGCUAACCUGAGAUUGCUGAACACAAUCCUGUAUUGAAUAUACAGUGGGAGUGAGAUAAGCACUGUGAUGAGAAGAAGAUGCUUUAUUCUGUACUUUACACAACACUGUUCUCCUUUCAGUAAUUUUCUUUUCUUUGACUGUAUCUUUAAUUUGAAGAACAAUCUUUGGAUACUGUAUUAUUGGGAUGAUUUACAAGCCGUCUUUCUUACAUCCAUGCAUUAAUCGACGCUGUCAGUCGCCAGCUGCACCUUUUGUAAACAAGUGGAAGUUGCAUUACUUCCCAUCUGCUCACAAAUAAACACUGGUUCUGUGGACAAAUGGGAUGUUGCUCCAUAUCUCUCAAUGCAGAGUAAUUUAAGAAAAUAAGCUAUUUCAUUUUAGUUAGUCAGCAUUUGCAAAAAUAUCCACGCCAACAAAACAUCACUGUGCAGUAUCUUUUAGUAAAUUGUGUCUAUUGAGUUUGUGAUAGCAUGAAAAAACAUGUUGUUAAAUUGUUUUAUCGUGAUAAACAAAGCCCCUAUGAAAGAGGGAUUUUGUUUUUAAGUUUUGACCUCGUCUCAGUUGACACUUCAUUCGGUCAAAAUGCUAUAAUUGGGCUAUUCUACUAACACUGUGUAUCACUAUGAAAAUACUUGCGAUGACAUUUAUUAAUCGUAUCAUAACAGCGGUUACCAGUAUCUGCAGUAACCUGUUGCAUGCCUUCAUUUGCUACAGUUCACACCAAAAGCAGUCGUAUGUACCUAUGUAAUUUUUGUCUUGGAUUAAAUAGACAAGCAGAUUUGUUUGUGUGUGCUGCGUGUGUGUAUAAAGGUGGGAAAGAAUGGAGGAGGUUGAUUGUGAUGCAGAAGAAUAAUUAUUGUAUGCUUGCUGAUGUUUGUAGAGAUACAGUACAGAGAGUGCCUACAGUGCAAGAGUGUCAUUUGUUUGCUUUUCAUUGUAUUUGUACUGUAUAUAUUUGUUUGUGGCUUGCAGUGUAGUCUUUGUUGUAAAAUAUGUAAAAUACCAUUAAACUUGUGCUCUCCUCA